UUUCUUUUGUUAAAAUUUGCUUCACUGAGACCUACUAGUGCUGUGUUCUUUUCAUUUUAUUUGGCUGUGCGGUUUUUUACUAUUUCCGAUGGCGAAGCUUCCACCAGGGUUUCGCUUUCACCCUACUGAUGUUGAGCUGAUAAUGUACUAUCUAAAGCGGAAGAUCAUGGGGAAAAAGAUCCUUUUUGAAGCCAUAUCAGAACUCAACAUUUAUAAGUUCUCCCCAUCGGAUCUUCCAGACAAAUGUUGCUACAAAAGUAAAGAUCUUGAAUGGUAUUUCUUUUGCCCAAGUGAGAGAAAGUAUGCAAGUGGAUUCAGGAUGAAUCGCACUACUGAAACUGGAUUCUGGAAAAUUACUGGCAGGGAUAGACGUGUUCUUUAUGAUGAAAAGUUUGUUGGAUCUGUUAAAACUUUGGUUUUUCACCAAGGUAAAGCACCACGAGGGCUGAGAACUGAUUGGGUUAUUCACGAAUAUAGAUUUGAAGAUAAAGAUAUGGCAGUUGCAGGAUUUUCUCUGGAUGCAUACGUGCUUUGCAAAGUAUUUAAGAAAAGCGGACCAGGUCCCAAAAAUGGAGCGCAGUAUGGAGCACCAUUUAAGGAGGAAGAUUGGGAAGAUAAUGAGACACCUGCUGAACAUAAUCAAUCCAGUAUUCCUUCUUUACCUCUGCCUGACAAUGAAACCUGCUCAAUUGUGACCCAGCCUUACAUACAUGAGAUGCCUGCUGAACCUAAUUCAUAUGGUGCAACUUCUGUACCUGCAAUGCCUGACAACCUAAGCUGCUCUGUCAUUACCACCAUGGUUGACCCAGGAAACAUAUCUCUUUGGCAUUUAACUGAACCAGGUCCAUCUUCUGCUGAGCUAUACAGUAAGAAGAUGUCUCAGGAAGAGGAGGAUUACAUGAUUCAGCUCUUUGACAAUUUCAUUGAAGAUCCUGCUAUAUUAUUUGCUGGAAAUGAGGAUAACCUGGGUACUAACGAUAUGAAUGUUGAAGUUGCAUCUUUCACUAAUGGGAAUGCUAUGCACAACAGUCUUGGAAACCUUGACAACUAUGUAGAACUAGAUCAAACAACAUUUGAUCUUUCUGUAUUCCAGGGAACUGACUAUAGUCAUGACUCCAUAUUUUUCCAAGAUGUUCCCUAUUUGGAGCUCAACGAUCUUAAAAUCCCUCUGAGUCACUCUGCUGAAGCCAUUGAAACGGCGCCAGUAUUGAUGGGCGAUUUCUGUGUUCCACAUAGUUCUGAUGUUGACAUGCGACAGUUCUGUUUUGGAAGCAAUUCUUCAGCCAGAAGUCAGCAAGUUGCAGGCCAAAAUCAGAUCCAUGUGCUCCCUGAACAUCACAUCCAGCAAGUUAUUGGGUCUGAUUUGGUAAAUUCUGAUGCAGCUAAUGUGAAUCAGGCAUACAAUGCUGCAUACACGACUGAUUUUAGUUCUCACAAGCAACCAGAGGGUAGUAGAUACACUGCUCAAAACCCGGAAAGAGGUAGAUCUUACCAUUUCUGAUGACAGUUCGUGUUCCAGCAGUCGCGUGCUAUUCA